CGGCCCCGGCCCGGCUCCGCGGGGCGCCCAUAAAAGGGGGCGGGCGGGGGCCGGGGGCAUCGGGCAGAGCCGCUGGCAGUCCUGGGGACGGUCGUUUGUGCUGUGGAGCAGCCGCCUUGCUCCUUCCCUCCGGGACGGGCCUGCGGCCGAGGGCGGGGGCCUCAGCCGCAAUGGGCCAAGGACUUGGCAAAACUGCCUGGCCCAAACCUGCAGGAGCAUAUCAGACUACUACAGGUGGAAGAAGACUUUCCUUUGUUGGGUUUAGACCAUUUUUGAAUAAUCAAGACAUAGAUGGACAUCAACAGAACGACAACUGCAAACAAUUAGGAUUGGAAGAUGUUCAGAAAGAGAAUUCUUUAUCUUUCUCUGAAGAUUCUAGUCCAUUGGUUCAAGUUUCUGAGCCUUUGUCAAAAGAUGCUGGCACUAGAGAACCUGUUUGCCAAAGUGCAUCAAGCCAAACAUCACCAUUUUCUGUAUUCUGUUAUGGCCUAGAAGGCAACCAAACCUCACGGGACCUGAUGAAUCCUUAUGAAAAAUCUGAGGAUGUUGCAGAAUGCACGUCUGGAGGGCAUAAUGAUUUGAAUGGUAAAAAUGGAAUUGCUUUUGUAAACAUUGACUCCUAUGAGCCAGAUAGCAGUGAUGGAGAGGAAGAGGAUGCUCUAGACAAAUAUUCUUGGAUAAGAGAAGCAGCAGGUCUAAUUCAGGGAAGACUAGAUAACAUACUUUCUCAGUGUGAAAAAGACAUGGAGUCUAUUAAUGACUUACAGUCCCGACUCUCUGCUUUCAACCACAGUGUUUAUAAAGAAAGUUGUGAAGAAGCAGGACCAAUGCCUUUGGCAUGUCCAAACAAUAGGACACCUAAAUCUGCUGAAGAUGAAGCUACACCAAAAAUUAGCCUGGGUGAUGACAGUUAUGAAACACAGCAGAUAAAGCAUAUAGUGGAUGUAGGAAUUGGAACCCCUGUACCAGUUGCUGAUGUAUUAAACAUCCAUGAUGGAGACUCUGACCAAGAAAAUUCAUCUGAACUAGUAGUGAGACCUAAAAUUAGAAAACAAAAUACUGCUAAACAUCUCCCUAGUGAUGAUGAAGAGGAAAAUGAUUCCUGGAGGAGAAUUGGAACUGCUGAUGUCCAGCAGUGCCAUCCUGAGUGUCCCUUCAGAGGUGGCAAAGAUGAGAUGAGUUCUGGUAUGUUCUUUCUCUCAAGAAUGCACAAUCAAAAGAACAUAGAAAUAGAUUUAAGAAGAAAUGCACUAGCUCGAGAGCAAAACAAUGUUCUAAGUGACAGUGCUUUUUGGAAUGAGUUUGAAGACCACAACACACAUUACUUAAUGUCCCACAAAGAUGAAGACAGCUCAGAGUGCAGUGAUGGAGAAUGGUCUACAUCUGUGCCUUCCUAUUUUACUGCUGUGGAAAAAGAGCAGUCCUCAAGUGAUGAAAGCUGGGAGACUGUCUCGUGCAGGGAGGAGCGUGACCCUGGUGUGCAGAGGAGCGGUGGUGUGAAAGAGGAGAGCACGGACUUCUCUUUCCAAGAAGAGGAGCAGGCAUUAUUGGAGGAAGGUGAAAUUCCUUGGUUACAGUACCGAGAAGAAGUAGAAAGUAGCAGUGAUGAGGAAAAUGAUCCAAUUCGUGAUUUUGUACAUCUUGGAUUCUUCUUGUUGGAUGGAAAUAACAAUCUUGAGGAUGACUCCAGUGUGAGUGAAGACCUGGAUGUGGAGUGGAGACUACUUGAUGAGUUUGGUGAUGGCCUAGGACUUGGUCAAGCCAUUCCUUACAUGGAACCUCAAUUUCUCACAUAUAUGGCACUAGAGGGACAUUUAGAAGCUGUGGAGACUGCUCUGGCACAAUUGGAGUCUCUUACAUUUGAUGUUGAACAGACUCAUCCACCAGCUACAAAAGAAACCAUAGAUAGUCUGCCACAGAUUAUUGUCACAGGGGACUACAAUGGUCAAGAGCAGUGUUGUACUAUCUGUUGCAGUGAAUAUGUGGAAGGUGAAAUCAUAACAGAGCUACCCUGUCAUCAUUUGUUUCACAAACCUUGUGUAACUCUUUGGUUACAGAGAUCGGGAACAUGCCCUGUUUGUCGUCAUGUGCUUGCACCUGUACUUCCCGAAGCAGCUGAUGACACUGUUUUUUUUAUUUGAUUGAUGAUUCAGCAUCUUCUGUUAACAUUGCUACAGGAUCCUCAGACUAGGGUCGAAAAUAAAAUCUGCCACCAAAAUAAAAAUGUAAAUUUUGCCUGUUUUAAUUAUAAUGUGAAAAAAAAUCACUAUAAAAUAUUGAUAUAUAGUCAUGGAUUGGCUUGGGUUGGAAGGAAUUCUAAAGAAGAUCUGGCUUCAACUCCCUCUGCUGUGGGCAGGGACACAUUCCUCUAGACCAGGUCGCUCCAAGUCCCAUCCAGUCUGGCCUUGAACACUUCCAGGGCUGGGGCAUCCACAGCUUCUCUGGGCAGCCUGUGCCAGGACCUCACCACCCUCACCAUAAAGAACUACCUCCUAAUAUGUAAUCCAAACCUACUUUCUUUUUGUUUGAAAGCAUUCUCCUGUGUCCUGUCAUAAGCCAUUGUGAAUAGUCCCUCUCCAUCCUGCUUGUAGAGUCCCUUCAGGGACUGGAAGGGACCUCAAAGCUUUCUCUUCUCCAGGCUAAACAAUCCCCAUUCUCUCAGCCUUCCCUCACAUGAGAGGUGCUCCACCCCUCUGCCCACCUUGGUGCCUCCUCUGGGCUCUCUCCAGCAGCUCCGUGUCCUUCCUGUGCUGGGAGCCCAGGGCUGGAGGCAG